AUGCCAGAGGGAAAGUGCAAGGACUGCCAAAAGGCAAAAGACGUGGAGAAAGAGGAAUUCCAAAGAAACGAGAAAGAUUUUGAAAAGAUAAAGAGCAAAUUGGAGCCUCUCAGGCGCAAUAUUAUGGAUGCCAUACUUCUCUCUCUGUGGGAUGACUCAAAGCGAACUGAACAAUGGGAGGUGCAUUUUAGUAGCCAACUAGACAAGCUCAUUGAAUUGCUUGGGAGUACUGAAAACUUGUCGAUGAACAAUUCCUUGAGAACAGCGUUAACAAACCAGAGAAGAUUAACCCAAAACGGGAAUGAUGAUGUUGAAAGCCCUAAAGGAUAUAUACCGGAACAUGGAACAACCGUCUCCACAAAGGUAGACGGGGAGGCAGCCAGGCUGAGAAUUGCUUUGCAGCCAGUGAUUCAGCCCGGAGAAGGACCAACUUCGCUGGUGCAGCUGGCAAAACACAUGGUUCAAUAUUUUAAAACCGACGGCGAAGCAAAGAAUGAAAUUCGCGCGGAGCUUGUCAAGGUUCUCUGGAAGAAUGACUGGAAACUGGAUAAUGCUAUGGCCUCAGCUAAAAUAGACACCACCAUAACGGCGCAUGCGAUAGCCACCGGUAUUCAAUUCAGCAACAUUGAAACACGCGAAGAGGCUAUCUCAAAAAGCUUUCAGGCAACAUAUUCUUGGAUAUUUCAGGACGAGCCUCUAAAGAAAGAUGGUGCGCCCAUGUGGCAUAGCUUCCCUAGCUGGCUCCAAGAUGAAUCUGAAAAGCCUUACUGGAUCACGGGAAAACCAGGUUCCGGCAAAUCAACGAUAAUGAAACUCAUCUUGCAACAACAGUCCGUGAGAGAUUCGCUAUCCCGAUCGCUAGGAUCAAUGCACCUUGUUCUCGUCAAAUACUAUGCCUGGCUUGCAGGCACAACUUUACAAAAGUCGAUCGAUGGCCUCAAAAGAACUAUCUUAUUCCAGGCGCUCAAACAGUAUCCUGGAUUAGCACCAGUCUUGGCCCCAAGGCGCUGGGCAUUCUGUCAAGUGUUACAAAGCAUUUCAGGUCUUCCCGUGUGGGACUCACGGGAAAUAGAAGAGUCAUUUGAGGCAUUACUGUCUUCGUGCGGAAAGAGCAUCAAGCUUGCUUUAUUUAUUGAUGGGCUUGACGAAUUUAAAAUGCCACCUGUCGAGAUCGUUGAAUUUAUUCAACGUAUGAUAGCACGCUGCCCCAAGGGGCUUAAAUUAUGUGCUGCAAGCCGACCGUGGCCAGAAUUUCACGAUACGUUCAACGAAGGGCCAAUGCUUCAAAUGCAUUUCCUAACAAAAACCGAUAUGGAAAUAUUCGUUCAAGAAAACUUGAAGAUUAACAAAGGCUUUGUCGAGAGAAAGCAAUUGGAGCCCGAAGCAUCCUCUCAGCUGCUCGCAGACAUAGUGGAAAGAGCAAAUGGAGUUUUCUUAUGGGUCUCGUUAGUGAUGCAGCACUUAUCCAGCCUUUUUUCUGAUGGACAAUCAAUCUCUCAAGCUCGAAAAGCUCUAGAAGCUCUCCCUACAGACAUUUCGUCUUUGUAUGAUGGUAUCUGGACUGCUAUCCGUCCGGAAAACCUUAUCGAUGCGUCCCACAUGAUACAAGUGCUGCGAGCCUAUGACGGUCCAAUGGAAUGGCUUACGUUUUGGGCCAUUGAAGAAUCGAAAUCUGAUCAAUUCAAUGCGGACCGCUUCCCAAAGAGUGGCAAAUUGAAAGAGGUCGCUUUGAAAUCUAUAGCGAGGAAGCUUGCUGCUUGCACAAAGUGCAUCUUGGAAGUUAGUGGCAAUGCAACCAGUGGUGUUGUUGACUUCAUUCACCGCACGGCUCGGGAUUGGGCAGUAAAGCCCGAAACUUGGAAGCGGAUCUGUUCAUCGUCUGGUGCGCAGUUUGAUCCACAUCUGUGUAUCCUAAAAGCGAAGAUCAUGAUGUUGCCCCCCGUAGCAUCGUCGUCGCCCGAUGACAUGGGCUUGUGGGGUGCAAUGACAAGAAUUCUUUGGCAUGCUGGCGAGGUCAACGAUAACCUAGAGAAUACGCCGGACCUUGUCAACAGUCUGCACUUACUCGAUCCUUAUUUUAAGCACCUCUCUCGAGUUUAUGAAAGAAAUAUUACUACAGGACCUUACGGAUGGUGGUGGCAGGGCAUUCCGCGUUCAGUUCUAGGAUUCGCUGCACAGUUCUCUAUUCUGCCUUACAUCAAGUCUGUGGCACUGACAGAUCGAAGUCGUCUAUUUAAAAGAGUUCCCUCGCAUCGUUCGGGUCUUCUCGAAAACGCAAUCUUUGGAUACGCUUACUUUUUCCCGGAUUCCGACAGCUAUCGCCCUCAAAUCCCGAUUCACCGGAGGUUAUCUACCGUGAAGUUCCUAUUGGAUCAAGGACUUCAUCAAUCGAGGUUGCAGGAAUGGUCUAGCUUCUUUACAAGAUACGUUACAAGGAAAGCUUCGGAGUUUGCCUCCAACUCAUCCGGAAUGCGGGUACUAUUCCACAGUGGCAAUGUAUUUGGAUGAUGAUUCAAGGAGGAGAUCCAUCAAAUCACGCAUUAGCUCGUGGUUUUCUAAGUUAUUGGCGUUCUAAUAUUAUUAUACUGCUGGUCAUCAAUCUGAAUUAUUUUGAUUGUAUUUUAUUUUUCUUUAAAAAAAAGUUACAGGGUUUAAAGUAAAACAUGCAUACACCGGCUUAUACACUACCCAGUGACUACGCAAUACAUGGAUACGAAGUUGCACACUGCUCUCAAACGCCUUGAGUUGGCGAUAGAAUGCAGACUGCCUGCUGAUACUUCGGGCGCAGAUAAUCUCGCCUGUUUGAUUCCACUAGUCGUAUUAUUCGUCCUAAGCUCAAAUAUAGGACUAACCCAGUCAUGUCGCACCCAGACGAAAUAAAAAGGCAGCCAUUAUUGCAGGCGGCAAGGCUAUGAUGAGAGCCCCGAGCCCCGUCCCGCCCUGGAUAUCCCCCUUCAGCGUGGUCCACAACACACUCGCCAAUACACUCGCUGAGAUGGUAAUCAUGAGCACCCAGAAUACAGCCUCGCGGUUCGGACCUUCUAUGACGUGAAUGCCCCAGCCCUCAGUCGCCUCCCCACAGUCCAUGACCUUGUUGUUCAGCCUCUUAGGGAGUCGCGGCAGCCAGGUGUAACGGUUCGGGCUAAGGUCACCGUCACCGUGCUCGAGAUAAUGGACGAAGACUUCGGGAGGCAUCGGCGGCGGUACGAAGUCGUAGUCAAUGCGGGUAUUAGGCGGCGUCGAGCUGGGCCUGUCGCGUAUGGAG